GCAACGCGAGGCUACAACUGGCAACCCGGACGAUGCCCCGGAUGCAGCAGCAGGCAGUAUGGCGGACGCGGAGAGCGACAUAGAAACCUACGGGCUUGAAUUAGCCCUGGAGGCUCUACGCGGCCGUUAUUGCGGCGAUGGGUCGCGCCCGAAAAGUGACGAUUAUUGUCGGGAGUUUUGCAAGGUGGUGGAAGAGUACACGGGCCAGUGGCAAGUUCCUCUCCCUCAGCUCAAAGUGCUGCGGACUGCAUUCUGCAGUUUCACAAAAGCCACGGCCAAGUUCCCUGACGACUGCCAACAAAUCCACAACAUCCUCAGCCGUAUGGCCUUGAGUUUCUUUGAACUUAUGCUGUUUUUUAGCAAAGAGGAAUUUGGGGAAGAACCUUUAAAAUUCAUCUUCGAAUCCUAUCAGGCGUGCCACGUGGAGCUUUUAAGGCACAGGAAUGUACAUCUUCAGCAUCUAAAGCAGAUCAUAAAAGCAGGUGGCCCCUGGGAGAAUGAAACGCUGCAAGGAAUCUUGAAGAAAAUAGAUUUGCCUGCAAAAGAGGUUGAGGAAUACUUGAGCUCGGAGUUGCCCGCCUUCUUGGAGCUGCGUGUUCGCUACCUGCAAGCUUGUGAAAGAAUCCAAGAAGCGUUGGCUCUGUCCAAAGUCUGUCUGGAGAACCAGAGGACCGGAGGGCAUCUGUACUUCCGUCAGGCGUACUUAACCUGCCUCUACAAGGCACAGCUGCAUGAACACCUUCACAAGGAGAUGGCAAAGCUCGAUGGCCGCGAUGCCGUGGAGAUCAUCUGCAACACGGAGCGAGUUGAAAAAGAGGAGCUCCUUUUGUCGCUAUGCAAAGCCUUCCUUGCCCAGCAGUUACACGGCGGAGACAUGUACUACACGUGGGACCUGGUGUUCAUUUGGAGCAGGUUGCAUCUGCGUGCUCACCCGUCAACACAAGACUUCCUGGCUGAGUGCUGGCAACUGGCUUCUUGUGCCACCAACGCCCGGGCCCUUUUCCCCUUCAUCAAAGUGGUUACCAGUGAGGCGGGGGUCGACGGCGUGGAAGUGUGCGUGGAGCUUUGUGGCCGAGCCUUGCAGCUGUGUGACACGCACGCUGACGGCGUCGCUCAGUCGCUGGUCUUCAAGACCAUCGCCUUCCUGCUGCCCAGUGACCUGGAGAUCUGUCGAGCAUGCGCCCUGCUGGUCUUCUGUCUGCAGCCGAGCCUGGAGACCUACCGAACUGUGCGCCUGCUCUACAUGCACCCUGACCAGGAGUCACAUCCUCAUAGCAGCCGUGUCCGAACCAACGUUCGCUUCAAAAUUCUGCAGAUGCUCAAAGAACGUCUGUGUUUCGACCCAGAGUUUUGGAAUAUCCUGACACUCAGGAGUCGCUGCUUGGAGUUGAUCGGUGACAAAGUAACCCAAAAUGCUGUUCUCAACGAGACUGAGGAGGAAAAGGACUAUUGUGAUGAUGAGCUGUUGACGAGUACUGCCACAAAUGAUGCUAACACUAAAGAUUUAGGUUCCUGCGAGUGCACUGGCACUCCAGCGGAGAACCAGGACCCUCCACAGGAACCUAUUUCUGACAGCAAGAUUGUAAGCCCGUUGAGUCACGUGCCUGUCAGGAAGAGAAAACUGCAGAAGAGAAUCCAACUGGACGACGAUCUAAUAGACGAAGAGAACGAUCCCGAGUUCAAAUACAACCUCAAACCUUCCUCAGGGUCUGAAAAGGCCGUCUACGCACUGAGACACAAUCACACCCGGAGGGAAAACUCUGACGACACGCUCCCUCUUAACCGGGAAAACUUGUCCCGCUGUGUGAAAAGCCAGAUCUUGACGAGGAAGGGCAAGAGGAGGAGGUGGCUGCAGGGUCUUCCCACUUUGGAGAAGGCACCGAUUGUUCAGCAGAAGUUGGUGGUGGUGAAAGGGAAAAAGCGGGGCAGGAAGCCUUUAUACAGAUGGGAAGUCUCCUACCCCGAUAAUGAGUUACCCCUUCCCAGGGAGGAGUGUGGGCCGGACCCCGCAGAGGAGGAGAUGCCUCACCUGGAGAACGAGGUGGAACUGGAGCGUGCACACCUGGAGAAGCGAGGCCAAGAUUGUGAUGUUGGUGAAGCCCUCGCUGUCCAAGGGGAGCCAGAGCUGGACGGACCUCUGCUGGAUGUAACCAGCUUCCCAGUGGAAGUGCGCCACAGUUACCAUCUUCAGUCCACACACCCUGACAACGACACGGCACAGCCUGCGGAAGCGCCCGCGCUCGGACCAGGAAAGCCACAACUCGCCAAGAAGUCAAAGCCAGCGGUGAAAAGAGGCCUUACGUGGAAGGAGAAGGUUGAGCGAGGUCAAAAAUAUGCGCACAUCACGUACCACUGUAGCGCCUGUAAGAAAAGCUACAAAGGCUUGAACGUUUGCAGACAUGCUGUUGCUCACCUGAAGACCAGCAGCAUCUGCAUCCUGUGUGAGAAGCUCUUCCAGCACCACCAAGUGGCCAAGAAACACAUCUGGGAUCACAUCCAGGAAAUGUGCAAGAACAACAAUAACGACAGCCAGGAAGCUCCAGCCACCAAUGGGAUGGCCAAGAAGCUGCCUGAAAAGCUGCCUAAGAAGUUGCCUGAAAAGCUGCCUAAGAAGUCGCCUGAAAAGCUGCCUAAAAAGUCGCCUGAAAAGCUGCCUAAGAAGUCGCUUGAAAAGCUGCCUAAAAAGUCGCCUGAAAAGUCGCCUGAAAAGCUGCCUGAAAAGCUGCCUGAAAAGAUGCCUGAAAAGAUGCCUGAAAAGAUGCCUGAAAAGAUGCCUGAAAAGCCGCCCGAAAAACCGCCAGAAAAUCCGCCCAAAAAGCCGCCUAAAGUUUCGAAGAAGGAAGUUCGGAGAUUAACGAAAGUGGAAAAUGCCAGCCUGGGUCGGGAGGCUCGAAUCAUCCGCAACUUUCGCUCGCUCAUGAAGAAGUUGAAGAAAGACGACGCCAACGUAGCGACGCUACUAAACUUCACAGACGAGCAGGUCGUCAUCAAAGACAGCCUGGUGGUGGUCUCAAGUCCACACGGGACCACGAAGGAGGAGGGACCGCACGGACAGGACAAGUCGGCAGGAGAAAACGGCUACAGUGUGGACCUCAAGUGUCUCCUGUGUCCCUCUCUGUCCUGCGAUCGAGUCUUCGUUAAAGUCACCUCCGCGGUGAUCAGACAUGCCAUCAGAUGUCACCUCCACGAGGACCAGGUGCUGGACAAGGUGUUCCUUUGGGCCAAGCACAAGUGCGCCUUCUGUACCAGGAAACUCGGGAUCCUGCAGCACUACAAAGACCACAUGAGGCGCCACGAUCCUUCCCUGCCGCACUUCUGCUACCACUCGCAAUGCGACGCACGCUUCCUCACGCCGCAGCAGCUGAAGGAGCACGUCAAUACCCACAAUCCCUUUCUGCCCCAGUGCGUCUUCGCCAACUGCGACAAGCGGUUCUUCACCUUGCCCAGUCUCCUGGACCACGAGUGGAGGCACUACGUUCCGGCGCCCGACGUGGACUCCAACGCCAACCGACUGCUGAGGGAGAGCAUCGCGGCUCCUUGGAAGCAGAAGGUGAGGGUGGAGGAACUCUGGCUGCACAAACCGGCGCCGAGGGACACCCUCAAGUGGGACCGCGCGGGUGAUGGGUCUCACCUCGGACUUGCGGGGGAACCCAGCAGAGUUGGCCAGGAGGCUUGUCCGAAGGCCACGCAGAACAGGCCUGUUAACGGCUGUGAGGACACCGGACCGGAAGACCGGGACGCAUCGCCUCCGAGCACUCAUGCGGCGCCUCCGAGCACUCAUGCGGCGCCUCCGAGCACUCAUGCAGCGCCUCACAGCACUCAUGCCGUGCCUCCGAGCACUCAUGCGGCGCCUCCGAGCACUCAUGCGGCGCCUCCCAAAAAGUCCCCGACCGCCAAGCCCGUUUUGGACCCCUUGAACGCCAAGAAGCCGGACAGGCGGACUCUGUUGGACGAGGCGGUCCAAUUAGACGUCCUAGAGCCGCUCAUCAUCAAGACCUUCGGCCCCCGGGAGGACUCGUGCUCGCCGUCCAGCAAGAAACCUUUCAUGCGCCCGCCACCCUGCAGCUACAUGGACGAGUCUCUGCUGGUCAUGCGCAGGAGGAGAGACACGCACCACUCGGCUCCGGUGGAGAGCUCCUGGUGCAACAAAACCAGGUCCUACCAGCCCCAACCACUGGGCCAUGGCACGCCUAAAGAGCGGGUUAGACAUCGAUGCAUCAAGUGCUUGUCCUCCUUCAGCAGCCUGGAAGACUUGGACAAACACAAGAGUCUCAACACCUGCUCCGCGCUCUUUGGAUUCGACUCGGAUGAGGAAAGUUAGCCUGCCGCCUUAUUGAUAUCUCACUCUGCUUAUUGAUAUCUCACUCUGCUUAUGGAUCAACCAUCCACCUUUUGUUGCCGACGACUAUCAAUAAUUCUAAUAAUCAUGUCCUUAGAAGUGUCUUCCAAGUCAAACUUUAAUCUAACCAUUAAUAUUUAAAAUCAUGUAUUUGUGCUUCACAGCUUCCACAUUAGGAUUAAUUUAAAGAAAUGUUUAUUCCAGCAAUCGCCAAAAUGUAUGAAAAUGUCUCAUACUGUACAUGAUUUACUUAUUGCCUUCUCAGUAUUUCACUGGAGUUAAUAAGGAGUUUGAUUUGAACGCAGAAGAAUACGUCUCUUUGCUUGAUUGUGAACAAAUCUAAUUAAUAAUUUAUGAUUAUUUUUGUAGAGAACUGUCUAUAUGUACAAACGAAAAGUGAUUUUUUUUUUUUAUAUGGUUCAUAACACCAAACUAUUUUUGUUACACAGAGUGUACGUUUCAAUAAAACAAUGAAACAAUCAGUAAAUA